AUGUCAGAUGAACAAAUCGCUCGUCAGACGGCCUCAAGCCUUGAGAAACUUGAAAAUUUCAACUUCCUCCUCUCUCGACACGACCCGGCCGUUGCUAAGAGUCGACAAUAUUCUCUGGACACGGACACUGCUGGCUUGUCUCAUAUCCCAAACCUAAACAUGACCUACGAUCCAACCGAGGGAAUGGGCGGUUUGUCCGUCAGUUCGUAUGAGAGCCUCGAGGACGACCACAGCCCGAUCGAUGUGCGAGGAUAUCCGUAUCAUGCCGGCGAUAAGACCAUCAACUAUUCUGUACCCGACCACAUGCUUUCACACUCGGCCUAUCCUCUAUACCCUCCAAUCUCAUAUGGGCCUGAUGAGAUAGGGCAUGCGCCGGGUGCUAUGACACCUUCGGACGUGUCAUCCUCGAUAUCACCUCCAAAUGGCCAAAUCGGCAACGGCAAAUACAGCACUCAGAUCUCAGGAGACCAUAUCGCUUCUGCACUCGGUCAUGAAGAAGGUUCUCGUCGGGCUGCCGAGGAAGACCGACGACGUCGCAACACUGCUGCAAGCGCCCGAUUUCGCAUGAAGAAGAAACAGCGCGAACAAGUGCUUGAGCGCACUGUCAGAGAGACAACCGAGAAGAACGCCUCGCUUGAGGCGCGAGUUGCACAGCUUGAAAUGGAGAACCGAUGGCUCAAGAACCUCUUGACUGAGAAACACGAAGCAACAUCUACUCGCAUGCCGCCUCCAUCAGAGUCAUUGGGCCACCAAAGUACCACCGUGGCCGGAAGCGGGCAAAAACAUAUUCAGCCAAAAAAGAAGGGCGUCGGCACAGAUAACUAA